AUGACGCUGUUCCUUGGGCGAAUUCGUUUGCAGGUAUAAUUUACCAGAUCAGCUAUGGCUUUACUUUUAUAGAACUGGCUCAUGGAUCUGCUUACAAACCAUGAUCAACUUAGCUUUUGGGCCUUGAAUUCUAUGGGAAGCGAAUAUUGUAAAUGGCCUGUGGACCCUGGACCCUGGACCCUGGACCCUGGACCCUGGACCCUGGACCCUGGACUCCUUCUACGAAAAAAAAAAAAAUUCCCAUCCUAAAGAAAUCCUAGGACACCCUCUCCAUCCAAAGCAAAUGAGGACCCCUAAAAACAAAGAGAAAUGAGAUAAUUAAACAAAGAGGAGAACUGGCCUUUGUAAGGCACAUUCAAUUUCAGUGGCCAAACCCGGAGAAAAGAAUAUGACCUGGCUGCAUGAAAAUGUCGCCAGAUCACAUCAACACCCUCCUGUACCCUCCGUUAAGGCUCUUUUUGUUUGUUUUUUCAUUGGCAACAGGUUAAAAGCAUAUGCAAGUCGAAUUGUGGACUUUGUAAGGUAGAGAAAUGCAGAAAAAGGGGUCAGUUUUUUAAAAGGCUGGACAAACAUCUUGCAAGGGUCCAUCCAGAAAUAACAGAGCGCCAGCACAACAACCUUCCUCAAGUCCCUUACAAAGAAGCCUCCCACAUGCAAUAUCGCGUAAAAGAGCAGUGCGGUCUUUGUGGGAAGACUUUGUUACUUCGGCCACAUCUUAAGACCCAUAAGAUAAAAACGUGGGAUGAAUACAUUUCAAAACUGAAAGAAAUUCCUAGGAAGCAAGAUCAAGGAAGCCCGUUAUUAACGAGAAAGGAGACGCCUUCUGCAGGACUUAAUUCACUUCUCAGGCAAAUAAGUGCGACGACCACCAGCACAGCCAAGUGUUCAGAAUCCACUGCUGACUCAUAUACUAACGUCGAUCAAGAGCAGGAACAAAGUACGACGACCACCAACACUGCGAACUGUUCAACAUCCACUGCUGAUUCCCAUGAAGCAAAAAGCAGGGAACAAGAAGCAGAGAGUGGUUCCCCAGCAGACCCUCUGAUUCUAAAGGUGAAUUUCACCGAGGAAGAGUAUUUGCGCUUUUGUGUACACAAUACAAAUUCGUAUAUGGUCCUGGCGACCCACCAUGCGAUCGUAAAUGGGAAAAGUGACCCAUCUCUAGUACUUAAUCACUUGAGCAAAACCAAGCUGACGAUUGAUCACUGCAAAUAUAUUGUAGACAUGAACCUUAUACCAACAUUGUAUGGUUUUUAUAGAUUUGCCAGCUAUUACCCCUAUCCCAAAGGAAAAUGUAUAUCCUGCACUGCUAUCUCCUGCGAAUGCGGUAAGCUACCAAGGCCAUUUUAUUUGUUUUGUCGCCGCGCAUGCAACGCGGUCUUUAAUUGUACCAAAUGCAAAACCUGGGCAAGUGGGUACCACAUAUGUGAAGACUUCUUUUGGUGCGAGGUAUGCAGCAAUGCUGCAAAAAAUUGGCCGCUGCAAAUGGAAUUUUUCCCGUAG